AUGAUGAUGAUGGGGCUUUUUUGGUUUUGGAGAAUUACCUUUGACUGGAUACGUGUGCUUCUCACGCAUUUUAAACAGUCUAGUUUUGUUAUUUUGUAAGUCCAUACUGUUGCCUUCUGUACUUUAGGUUUACGUUCCUUUUGUGAUUUUUUUCCAUAUUAUUUUGGAGAAACAUUUGCUCUUCUUCUCUGAGGACUCGUGGGUCUUCUGUUUUUAGAAAGUAAGGGCGAUUGAGGUCGAACAAAAAAAGUGAAUCUUUUUUAGUCACUGAAGAAGCACGUUUUGAGUCUCAUUUUCUCACGCUUCCUUUGUGAGGACGCAAGGGACACCCCUGUUUCAAUCAUUGCACUACACAAAUCUGACGCAUCUGCAGAGGACGCGAUAACGACAAUGGAAAGCAUUUCAAAUGAAAGUGACUUUUGGCAAUUCAACGACUCCUGGAGGAAUUCAAGUCUCCUUAAUGGGACUGAUGGGAUGAAUCAGACAAACCCUCUGAAGCGGAACGAGGAGGUGGCGAAAGUGGAGGUUACUGUCCUCGCCCUGGUGCUGUUUCUGGCACUGGCUGGGAACAUGUGCGUCUUGCUGGCCAUUCACACCACCAAACACAGCCAUUCCCGCAUGUAUUACUUCAUGAAGCAGCUGAGCAUUGCCGAUCUAGUAGUGGCUAUAUUUCAAGUUCUCCCUCAACUUAUUUGGGACAUUACAUUUCGGUUCUAUGGACCGGACAUUUUGUGCAGGUUGGUGAAAUACCUACAGGUCGUUGGGAUGUUCGCCUCCACAUACAUGUUAGUUUUGAUGUCCGUAGACAGGUGUUUGGCUAUUUGCCAGCCCCUUCGUUCAUUGCACAGGAGAAAAGAUCGUUUCUAUGUCAUAUUUUCCUGGGUCCUGAGCCUGCUCUUCAGUAUCCCGCAGAUGUUCAUCUUUUCCCUGAGAGAGGUUGGCUCAGCCGGAUCGGGGGUGUAUGACUGCUGGGGCGACUUCGUGAAGCCUUGGGGGGCCAAAGCUUAUAUCACAUGGAUUAGUCUUACCAUAUACAUCAUUCCAGUGGCCAUACUGAGCAUUUGCUAUGGUUUGAUAAGCUUCAAAAUAUGGCAAAACUUUAAACUGAAAACCCGGCGGGAGCAGUGUAUAAGCCUGACACCCAAAACCUCCAAAGGCAACACGCUGGCGCGUGUGAGCAGCGUUAAGCUCAUCUCCAAGGCCAAGAUCACCACAGUGAAAAUGACUUUUGUGAUCGUCGUAGCUUAUAUCGUGUGUUGGACCCCUUUUUUCUCUGUUCAGAUGUGGUCUGCGUGGGAUCCAGAAGCGCCUCGUGAGGCUAUGCCCUUCAUCAUCUCCAUGCUGCUAGCCAGCCUCAACAGCUGCUGUAACCCCUGGAUCUACAUGUGCUUUGCCGGGCAUCUGUUCCAGGAUCUUAGGCACAACUUUCUGUGCUGCUCCACGCGCUACCUCAAGUCAUCCCAGUGCAAAUGUGAGCGUGACUUUGACUCCAGUCACAAGAGCAACUCCUCAACCUUUGCCAUGAAAAGCACUAGCAGUCAGAGGAGUGUCACACAGACAUCUACUACAUAACCCCCCAGCUGCCCACCCAGCUCUUUACCAUAUGUAAUAUGUUCGACUCCUUCAGAUACCUCUUGCCUCACAGCUUGCUGUUUGAGCACAGGAAUAACAACAGACGUCUUGUUAGUUUCUUUUACAGCACUUUAUAGUGUAAAGUGGAAGUGGAACUGUGAAAUAGAAACAUUGUAAAGAUCAUUAAGGAGCAACACUCAACUCAUAAAAGCUUGUCAUGGACUAAGCUGAUCAAUCAACUGCAUUGUUUUUACAUUUUGAUGUACAGUGUAUAUUUACAGUGCAGAGAAGGUAAAAGUAAUGAGCACGUCUGAAUGAUUUUUAAGCUCUGUCAAACUUGGCAAGACACAUUAUUAUUUGAAUGGCUGUCACCAGCAAAGCUUAUGGGUCCUGUUUUUCUGUGUUAUGAUGAAACUGCUACCCUGUAAAAAAAAUUAUGUAGCUUGCUGUUUACUUUUAUUACAUUUGCAAUGAAUUGUAUAUGUGUAAACAUUUAGUUCAGCUAUUGUUAGAUGUGAGGUGUCAUGGCUGUCACUGGUAAAGAUUGUUAAAAGCAAAAGUGGCAAAAAUACAUUUACAACAUUAAUGUUUACAUCUAUAGCUGAUUAGAGCACAUUCCACCUCCUGGAGAGACGGAAGAAAUCCUUGGUGGAGCUGCUGGAAGUGUUCUAGAGGGAUGUUUGUGUCUGGUCGGCCAAUAGCGUCACUGAGUUCCUGCAAAUUUUGGCAGCACAUUGAAACAUCCUGUUCAGCCAAAGCCAAAAAAAAAAGCAUUAUUGGGUUUCAAUCUGGAGACCGCACAGACUACUAGAGUCGCGUUUCUGAAGGUUUAAUUAAGACUGAUGCUUUCUUUCACUCCACUGUGUUUAUAUUCAGUGUUUCUAGUAUGAGCCGUCCAGCAUGUGAAGCAUCAGCCAGUAAUGAGGAGUGACCAGACUACAAGCAAACAAUCCCGCACAGUAUCUCUACAGUAAAUGUGACCUUUCUGAUGUUUAUACUGUCCAGUGCUAGUUCAGACACUUUAGUUUUAAUUUUAUUAUUCAGCUCAUCUCUCUGUCACCUUACACUAGACUUACACUGGACUUACACUGUGACGAACUACAACACCACAGACUACAGCCACAGAUAUAUCUAUAGGAUUAUUAUUAUAAUCUUCACAUAAGAUAGUCAUUGCAGGAGAAUUCAACUGGAAUAUUCUGCUUUGAUGUUAUUUUUAAAUGGGUUACAGGAAUAAAUGCCAAAAUGAUACAACACCUAUACAGACACUUUACAUAUUUUAGUUUUAUUUACAGUUAUAUUUGGUGGUGUUACAUACUUCAGCCUUGAUACUGUGAUGUACAAUCUUGUUUCAGUGGACAAUAUUUUAUCAGGAGAAAUUCUGUCAACCACAAAACCUUUCAAAUCAACAAGACUUUUGCUACGAGUUAAUGAUGCCAGUCAGAUCAAUUUAUGUGUACAGUAUGUCUGUGAUUGUACAGGUUUAAUUAACCAGUUGCAAAAUGCAAAAAGACAAAAAGAAAAUAAAAUAAAAUUAUAAGAUUUGUAUUUGUGGAGAUUUUUUUUCUUUAAUACCAAAUAUAAAAACUCUACAUAUUUAUUGUCAGUGUAUAGUUUGUGAGCUCUGUUUAUUUAGAAAUACUAUUACUGGUUAAUUUGCUGUUGGGUCUGAAAAGUUCCCUUUGUAUUUCUAACCUGCCUUAAAAUGUUUCGCCAUAAAACACCAAUGUAAAAAUCAUGCAUAUGAAUCUUAAAGCUUGCACUGUUUUAUUUUGUUAGUUUUUACUAAAUGUGUUUUCACUUGUGAUGCUGAAUUUUAGGAAUGUGUACUAUAUGCCAUGUG